AUGUCUGCCGCCAACGCCCCCGUCAGCAGCGCCGAGGAAGCCAAAUCCACGCCAGUUCUCGUCCGAGCCCAAGACGCCGAGAAGUUUGUCCAAGACGUGCUUGUCGGAAAUGGCGUGCCGCCCGAGAACGCCGCAAUUGUCGCCAAGUGCCUUGUCGCGGCCGAUCUUCGCGGCGUCGACACACAUGGCAUCAACCGCAUCCCAUCGUACAUGGAACGCAUCCGGCAAGGAGUCCUCAAUGCGAAAGCAUCGCCGACAUUGCAGCAGGUCACUCCGGUGGUGGCCCAGGUCGACGGCCAGAACGGCUUCGGGUUCGUGGCGGCACGGCUUGGCAUGGAUGCUGCCAUUCGGAUGGCCAAGGAGUUCGGAAUCGGCAUGGUGAGCGUCAAGCACUCGAAUCACUUUGGGAUGUCGGCAUGGGUGGUGCAGCAGGCGUUGGACGCCGGCCUCAUGUCCCUCGUUUUCACGAAUUCGUCGCCGGCGCUACCGGUCUGGGGCGGGCGCGAGAAGCUCAUGGGCGUGUCUCCCUUGGCGUGCGGCGCUCCGGCUGGGCAGUCGAAGCCUUUUAUCCUCGACAUGGCGCCGUCGGUGGCGGCGCGAGGUAAGAUCUACAAGGCGCUGCGGCGCGGGGAGAAGAUUCCUCGCGACUGGGCGCUGGACGCGGAGGGACAGCAGACGGACGACCCAGCCUCGGCGUUACAGGGUGUGAUGCUGCCUAUGGGCGGACCGAAGGGCUCGGCGUUAGCGAUAAUGAUGGACGUUUUCAGUGGAGUGCUGUCAGGGAGCGCUUUCGCAGGCCACGUCACUAACCCAUACGACCCGUCCAGGCCUGCCGACGUGGGUCACUUCCUCGUCGCCAUCAAGCCGGACCUGUUCAUGAGCCUGGAGGACUUCAAGGAGCGUAUGGACUACUUGUACCAGCGCGUGGUCGGGUCGGAGAAAAUGGCGGGCGUGGAGCGCGUCUAUUUUCCCGGGGAGAUCGAGCAGCUGAGGCAGGAAGAGCGCGAGCGAAACGGUAUACCGUAUGUGGAAACGGAGGUCGCCGCGCUCAACAAAGAGGCAAAGCUGGUUGGUGCGGACGGCAUCAAGCCCAUGGCCUGA